AUGACUUCUGCUAAGCUUGUUAAGACACCAAUGUCAACAUUAGAGAAGCUCAGUCUUCUUACUGGAAAUUUGUUUGAAGAUCCCACAUUAUACCGCAAUACCGCUUUAGUUGAUAAAGGGAUUAGCACCUUUAAGGAUGAUGGAAAAAUUGAGAUUGGAAUACCCAUUUCCCAGGAACUUUUGGAUGCAAUUGAGAAAUCGAGCAUGGCAGUCAUCGUGUUGUCAAGAAAUUAUGCAUCUUCCACAUGGUGCUUAGAAGAACUUGCAAGAAUUAUUGAAUGCAUGAAAGAGAGGGAGAUGAGAGCUUUGCCCAUUUUCUACCAGGUGGAUCCUAGUGAUGUGCAACAUCAGACGGGCACUUUUGUAGAUGCCCUUACCGGACAUGAGAUAUGUUUUGAGAAGGACUCGGAGAAGGUGUGA